AAGCAGAAAGGGCAGGCCAAGCUUUAGGUGGUGUAUCGUUCUGGAGAUUAGGGAGCAAUAAACCAAAUGAAUGCCUAAGUAAGAAUAAAGCCCUUUCUGCCGCCAGCGCAUUUGGGUUGCGGGAUCACAGAUGCCCACGUUUGGUUGCCGCAGCCUGGCAGAAAAAAGCACUGAGCCAAAAAAAAAGGGAGGGGGGGAAAUCCCAGACUUGGCUUACCUGUGGAGCAGCAGAGCCGGGGGCAGCCUCGCCUCCCGAUGCUUUGCAAAGGCAGCAGCAAGGCGGACUUGGAGGUGGCCCCCUCGGGCACCCGGAUGUCUAGCACAAUUAGAGCAGGGCUGGACUAGUAGGGCGAGGGAGGAGAGGCUCCGCUCCGGCAGCUGCCUGUCGGGAGCGGUUUGGCACGGGGUCUUUCUGAGGAGGCCAGCAGAGGGAGGGGGCGAGCCGCCAAGUCGCCCCUGCAGAUGGGCAGGGCGGUGGGGGGGCCGGGGGAGGGCAAGGCGAAGCGCGCUGAUGGACAGAGGACACUUGGCUUGCUGAACUUCAUUAUGGCUGCCCAGUCAAGCUUGUACAAUGAAGAAAGAAAUUUGCUCCGUAUCCAAGCAAAAGAGCGGCGGAAUCAGGAAGUUCCUCAGGAGAGCGAGAGAUUCCCUCCAGAUGUUCCCCUCUUUGGAGAACCUUACAAGAUUAAAAAAACAGACGAGCUGUCCAGCCGCAUUCAGAAAAUGUUUGGCAAUUAUGACGAUAUAAAGGAAUUCAUCACCACCAAGUCUCAUCAGAAUUUCAUAGGGAUCCCUAAGAAUGCCAUGUCUCUGAUCCCGCAACACAAGCCAGAUCACCCGCUCUUUCCUGAAAAGACCAACAACGUGUUGCCCCCCUCAUUCCAGAACCCCAGCCAUCACCACAGACCCUUUGGGCCCCUUAAUUCAGGUGGUCCUUCUUCAGGCAACUCUGUCCCCUAUCAAAAGUUUCACUCAAGGAUAGAACCAGCCUCACAAACUGGUGGGAUGUCCAGCAACCAGAAACAAGGUCAAGGGCAGAGCUGUAAGCCUCAGGAAGUCCAGAGUAGUAGAUGCCAGAAGAAAAGUGAAAGAUGUAUUGAAGAAGAUAUCGCCAAUGAACUGCAAGCCUCACUUUUGGAACUUUCUCCCUUGUUGUCCAAAUUGUCUUCCCCUGUAGCACCCUUGUCGCCUCUACAUUCCAGCCAGCGUCUCAGUUCCAGGUCUCAUGGCAACAGCAACAAAAACCAUGGGCAGAAGAGCUCCCCUCUUCAGAACCUAGUGGGUGGAACACAGGAUAAUGAAACCCUGGACAGCUUGAGUGCUCCUGUAGCUGUCAAUGCCCAGCCUUCCUCCCAGACUUUCCCCCCAUCCUUACCCUCGCAAACCCGUGCAAUACAACAAAAACCGACUGCCUACGUCAGACCAAUGGAUGGUCAAGAUCAAGCACCAGAUGAGUCGCCAGAGCUCAAGCCACCUCCUGAGGAAUAUCAUGAACAAUCCUAUGAGAAAAUAAAUUUAAAAGCCAAGACCAAGUUGUCCAAAUUGAAGAUACCCGCUGAACCAAUUGAGCAGUCGUUCUCCAAUGAAGUCCAUUGCGUUGAAGAAAUUUUAAAGGAAAUGACACAUUCAUGGCCACCUCCUUUGACAGCCAUCCAUACUCCUAGCACAGCUGAGCCUUCAAAGUUUCCUUUUCCUGCAAAGGAAUCACAGCACACUGGAUCAGUGAUACAGAGCCAGAAGCAGUAUGAUGCACCUUCUAAGACCUUGUCUGCUUCUUCUCAACAAGGGACAUCAACUCUGCAGGACGACCUUCAUGUCACUGAUAGUGAAGAUGAUGACGAUGACCAAGUCAGUGUUUCUGAUAAGCCAUCUUCCUCAUCCACUCCUCCAAGUGUCCCACAGUCACAGCCUGAGAAUGUGGUGUUGGGACGUUCCAGCAGCCCAGAGUCUGGGAGCACGAGCGACUCAGACAGUUCCUCAGACUCCGAGAGCGAGAGCAGCUCCAGUGACAGCGAAGCCAACGAUCCUCCCACAAGAGCCUCCACGCCUGAGCCCGAUCCACAGUCCAACAGAUGGCAGCUGAAUAACUGGCUGACAAAGGUGAACCAACCAGUGUCUCCCCCUGAGAACUUCCUUGAGGAUGAUGGUAGCAGGGGCAGCCUCCAGGAGGACAAGGGGCCAGGGAAGACCAGCAGCAGCCACUGUAGCAGCAGCAGCGACAGCAGCAAAAACGAGUGCCCACUCCCCACAGACAGUCGUUCCAAAUCCUCCAGCAAAGCCCCUCGGUCUGCCCAAGAGGUCCAUCUGCCCACCAAGCGGAGCUACCAGAAGCCUCCUGCGCCCACGGAGGAGCCCGCCCGCCGGCAAGUUGUGGGCAGCAAGCAGCCCAAGAAGUCCAGCAAGGCCCCAGUACAGGAGGAGCCAAAGAGAGGCCUGAAGGUGGAGAGUGAGCCGCCGGGCCCGUACGGGGCUAAGGACCAGUCUUCCAAAGACAAGCCCAAAGUGAAAACGAAAGAGAGGCCGAAGGCCAGUGAGAAGAAGGAACUGAAGCCAGCGCCGUCAGAGCCCUUGGAGAAGAAAAAGCACAAGAGUUCACACCAGACCCCUGUUAAAUGUCCAGACCGUGAGGCUGGAAAAGACCAUGUGGUGGGCAGUGCCCUAGAGCAGGUGCCUCUCAGUCCAAUCACGCAGAGCCCCAGGGUUCCUGCCACUAGCCGGACUGGUGGCGCUAAACAGACGGUGUUUGUCAGAGAGGAGCUUCACAGGGACAAGUUCUUCUUGCCUAUCAGGGAUAAGAAGUUGCUCUCGCCCUUGAGGGACUGCCCGGCCCCUCAAGCACUAGUGGUUAAAAUUGACCUCGCUCUCCUUCUGCGGAUCCCACAGCUACCCGGGAAAGGGGCCUGCCCCAAAAGGCGAGAGGUCAAAGAGGGCCACGGCAUGAAAAAGCAAGAUGUGGAGAAGAGGAGCACAGACGCACCAAGCAAGUCUCUCAAAAAGAGGAAGCAGGAAGAUGCGCUGAGAGAUGAUCAGAAAAAAAUCAAGCUGGAGAAAGAAACCAAAUCGUCCUCAUCAGGUCAUAAAGAUUCAAGUAAAAACAAGAUUUCAAAACCGUCUAUGGAGACGCCGAGGAAAGAGAUGCCACUGCCACCACCACUGUCUCCCACGCAGCCGGCUCAGAAGCCAGCCAAGACAGCCCAGAAGAGGCCGAAGAGCGAAAGCGGUGCCUGCAGCCAGCUGCCUGGUCCCAGUAUUGGCACUGCCAAGAGCAAGGAAAGCCACAAGGAUUCUUCAUCCUCCAAGCACAGGAAAAUGGAGGGGAAGCCUUCCGAAAGCUCAAAAAGCAACAAAGGAUCUGCUGAGGAUGUUCCAAACCCUUUCCCAGUGCCUUCUUUGCCAAAUGGUACCUCCAAGCCAAUGAAACCUCAAAGCAAGCCGCACAAACAACAUCCGGUGGAAUAUCACUUAAAGGAGGCCAAAAGGCUGAAGCACAAAGCCGAUGCAAUGACGGACAAAGUUGGGAAGGCCUUCAAGUAUUUGGAUGCCGCCCUGUCCUUUAUUGAGUGUGGCAUUGCAAUGGAAUCUGACACCCUCUCACCAAAGCCAGCCUAUACCAUGUUUGCAGAGACCAUCGAUCUUAUCAAAUUCAUCAUGACAUUAAAAUCCUUCACAGACUCUUCAACAACCACACAAGAAAAAAUAUUUUUUGUUUUAUGCAUGCGCUGCCAAGCCAUUCUGUACAUGGCGAUGUUUCGCUACAAAAAAGACACUGCAAUAAAGUAUUCCCGGACCCUUAAUGAACACUUCAAGAGUUCUUCUAGAAUUACGCAAGCACCUUCUCCGUGUGUCGCAAGGAGCACGGGCACCCCCUCUCCUCUUUCCCCGACGCCCUCUCCAGCCGGCUCUGUCAGCUCCCAGACAGGAUCCAGCACCAGCAGCUGCGGAAAUGGUGGCACUGGCUCUUCAGUCAGCGUUCCUCAUCACAUCCCAACCAUAACCUCUUCCUUCGUGAACAUCACGUCCUAUAUUCUCUACGCCUAUGAUCUCUGGGAACAAGCUGAUGUCUUGGCCAGGAAGAAUAAGAAGUUUUUUUCCGAGCUCAGCGCUGCCAUGUGCUCUCUCUCUCUGAAUAGCAGUAUGAUGGAACUGGUACACUACACCCGUCAGGGUCUGCAGUGGCUGAGACUGGAGCCAAAUACGCCUUAGCUGGUGCUUCGAGGGGAGGACCUUGCCUUGGGACUCUCGUGCACUUUGAGUGCCUCAGAAAUCGCCUUCUUGGCUGACUUGUCAAAAACAAACAAACAAAAAGAGUACCUGGAAGGUAGAAUGAAGCAUGAUGGGACGGAUCUGGUGACACUGGAAAACGUUAAGGACUAUAUUUUUGUGGUGCCAUUAAUGGGUCACCUGUGAAGAUAAGAAGUGAAGAAGAGGCCUCAAAGUUGAGGUGCCUUUCUUUCUUUCAAAGGACAAAGUGCAAUGUUCUCGUUCUUUCUCUCCCCUGCCCCCCUUUUCCCUUCAUGGUUCAAUGUGUCAAUGGUCUAUAAACAUUUCUAUGAAUCAAUAACCAGCAGGUCAAAAAAAGAAAAGUCAACACACAUGAAGAAGUGCCGGCGAGAAGGAAAUUCUGCCUCCCAAAGAAUGUUCUGCAACACCUCAAAUGAUGCAGUGCUGUCCAUGGGCCCAACAAAUGAUACCGAUUUCCUUUCUUUUCUUUCAAACUAAAUGUAAGCCACAGUUGCAAUUUGUAGCAUAUGUUCUUUUUCCUGGAGGUCCAGAUGGGCAGAGAACCAGAAGAAAGGCUACAGCACUACACAAGCUUCUGCUUCAAUAGGAAACAUUGAUGCUUAACUCCCCACUCCUUGCUCCUGGUGGCCAUCGGUUGCCCUGCGGCCCUGUCCCUUGAUGAGUAGCUCAUGGCCCCUGUGCACCAUGCUUCUCUGACUGGCCCUGUUAGCCCCUGGCUCUUCCCUUCCCUGUUUUCCUUGCUGCCUGAGGUGGUGACAAGGCACCCCUCCUAGUGGUCAUGUUUCCUAAUGAUACUGCCCACGUGUGAGGCUGUUGGCAAUUUCACAAGGAAGCGGGAGAGCGCUGGCUUGGCUCUGCUAGAAGCCGUGGUGGGCAGAAGCUGCACAGUUGGGGUGUGGGCUGGCGUGCCCCACAGCUCUGCUGAGCAAUACUGUCCUAACCCCUUGAACUGGAAUUGCUUGGACCGGCUACUUUCAGGAAGAGCCAUCCAUUGUUUUAAAAAUGCUAUGUUCCCCUCUUGUCUGCACAAGGGACACGCUGAAUUCAGAAAACGUGUCAGCAAACGGUGUGAGUCUAGGCCUUGCCAGACAAGCACAGUUCAGGGUUGUGGGAGGGAAGCCCCUUAGCCUCUGGGGUUUCCUUGGCCCUUAACAUGUGGGGGAAGUGGGGCUGGGCAGUUGGAAAAGCUCUUGCUGCCUAGAAGGAGCUGAUUUUACAUUUUGGAUCCUCACACUUGGGAAAACCUCCCUGUGUGCUAUCCCAUUUCACCUCUGAAAUGGCAGGUUCAAAGCUCUGCCUUUGGCCGUUGAAGCACAACCCCCAUGUCCAUGAAUGUCAACCAGUGGUAUGCUCGACUGCAAUAUUUGGCACUCAAGAAUCUCCUCUUUCUUUCCAUUCCAUCUACAGAUGAAUCACCAGGCUUCUACAAAGAGCAUAAACAGCCGUUGUCUUAGACUUAUUAGCAAAUGAGUUUUGCCAGUGUAAAGUUCCAAAGGGAGAAAACCCCUUCAGGACUGCUACACUUCCCUCUGUGCCUGUUUCCCAAUCAUUAAUACAUGUCAAAGACCCCAUGUUGCUGUUCUCCUCUCAGCUGUGUGCCUUAACUCAGCCCUUGGCCUCUCUCACCACCUGGCUUCUUUAAGACAGAACGGUGGGAAUCUCUUCCAAGUCAAGUGUUCUCCUUUUCAGCUCAGUCCCUACGCCCAGGCAGUCAUUCCUAUAUAUUGGUCCCACAUAAAUCGGCCGAGCUCCUGUGGAGGCCUGAAGCAGUAUUCCUGGUCAGAGGGACCCUCCUGCAAGGUUUGCUAAAACCUCACGAAAUCUUAAGGCUCCUGCGCUUCCAAGGGGAGGUCCUGAGUGGGGUGUGCGCCUGACUCCUUGAAGGCCGAUUCAGCUCCUCUGGAAAUGCAGGCCAGGGUAGCCGGUCUCCAGGACUGUUUUGAGAAAGUGCAAGGCUGAGCGGAUUUCGGGGGUUAGCCACUUUCGCCGUGGCAAGCAAGCUUCGUAUUUUCCUCCCACAGCUGUUGCUUAAGGUGGAACUAGACCCAUGUGCCACAGCCGGGUCUGUGGACGUGGCUUUCCACUGGACAGCCAAGUGGUGGGAAGAGGGCUGCCGUUGGAAGCCUGUGCUGCUUCCCCAGAGGCGGACAUGCAGCUGGGAUUGCAGCUGGGCUGCCGGGGGGGGGGGUGCAGAAAGAACGGAGCACUCCCUGCCUGCCUGCAGCUUUUCUGCUUACAGUUCUCUCGCACAGGUCCCACCCCGUUCGGCAGCUCGUUGUCAGACACCCAGGUCCUCAAAUCUGUAAGCCUAUUCACACGAGCAGGCUCAAGCAGCCCAGUCUGGGUUGGGCUGCUUGUGUGCAGCGCCAGGAUCGAGCCCGAUCCCGGCGCUGCCCUCCCACCCAGCCCGGCUUUUAACCCCGGCCUUUUGCCAAGGUUAAGCGAACCUGAGUCUCCUGCCUUUGUUUAACCUCAGCAGGUGAUGGUAAGAACCAUCGCCACGGGGUUCCAAGGCUCCCCCCCCCGCCCCGGUCCGCCACCAUUCCUAGCAGCAAGCCGGGGGAAGGAGCAGCUGCAGGGAGCUCAGCAGCUGCUCUAAGGUGAGCAGCCUCCGUGCUCACGGUGUGGAGCACCCCAGGGAGGGGUGGGGUGAGGAGUCUUCCUGCUCCUGGCUUCAGCCUCCUUGUGGGCACACGAUGCGGCAAAGGCAACGGCAGUCCCUGCUCGUCCGUCUGCUAGGGAAGGCAGGCAAGUUCGUGCCCUCCCAGCAGCGGCCGUGAGGUCAUGGGCACCACCUCAGUGCCUUUUGUUAAAUGUCAAGCUCUAGGUUUCUGUGCAGGCUUCAACUGGAAAUGAUAAUCUGGGUUUAGAAAAGAAAGUCCAUGCAAGCUUUGAUAUCUUGGGAAGAGGGAGAAGUAAAUUUGGAUGUUUGAUCGUCUGUGUACACUGUUUGGUGCCUGCCUUUUUUCUGGGAAGAAACCUAAUCAUAGAAGAGCAAAUCUCUUGCUCCAAAGGGUCCUGUUCCGGCAAACUGACUCAAAAAGCCUAAAGCAGGGGUAGGCAAACUUGGGUCAUGCUGUGUUGUUGAACUACAAUGUCCAUCAUUCCCAGCCACUAUAAAUGAUGGCUGGGGAUGGCUGGGGUUGUAGUUCAAUAACCACUGAAGAGCCAAGGUUACCCAACCCAUCCUAAAGAGUCUCCAAGCUCCUAGGCCUGACUGAGAAGCAGAUGACACACACUAAACUCUUUAUUCCUGCCUUGAAGAAUCAUGUUUCUUUCCAAAUCAAUUGACCUCUAUAGUAGUCUCAGAGCGAAUUUUUAAUCCCUCUUCCUGCCCCCCACCCCCAAGAAUGGCACCUAAAUAAUCCAGGAAUUGCUGCUUGUUCACCUUGUUGCUGCUUUUUGCUCUGUUUAAUAUAUAUAUAUCUAUUUACCCUGAGACUGAGAAUCCCCACUUGCCAAGGGACCCGCCUUAAUCUGCUUGAUGAGCACUUUAUUCAGGGAAUAGCGAUAACCUGUUCCACUUCCUCUCCUGCCCCAACCCCUACCAUCUGAACCUUGAGAGUCGGAUUCUCAUAUCAACCCUCUUGUUUCACAAAGAAGCUCAAUUAAUGCAUUUGUGCUGCUGAUUUUAUUACUGCUUGCGGGGUGGUGCACGAAUUAGUGACAUUCUGACCUGAGAACAAAAGCACAGAAGCUUCUUUUUAUCCUGCAUUCAGUCUAGUUUGGUCCAGGGAGGCCAGAAGGCCUAAAUGGGAGCAAAGUUACCCUCUUGAUUUCCACAGAAUUCUCUACCCAGAAGAGCCACCUGUUGUGUGUCCUGCAUUUUCUUUUUCUGUUUUGUAUGCAAUUGCAAAUAAGCAGGAACACCUUUAGGAAACUUUUGUCGUCUUUUGAGAUUAUUAUUAUUUUUUUAGAGAUAGACCAACAAAUGAUAAGAAAAAAUGCCAUUUCAUCCCCAUUCUAGACUUGUUCCCCAACAAUUCUGGGACUUCCAUUAAUUUCAGCCAGGGCCCAGCCUUCUGUCUAAGGAGCAAGAAAUUGUUUGCCAUUUUAAACGCGGGUUGAUGGAGCUGUAUGCUUGAGAGCAGCCUCCUUUCCCAGAUGAUAUUUAUUUAAAAUUAUAAUUAAUGUAUUUAAAUUGUCAAAUUAUCUAUAUGUCUAAGAUACCAUUAUUUAAUGAUUUGCAAGUUCCAUUGACACUGGAGAUGUGGACUGGAAGUUAGAUUGAUGACAAUAUUAUUUUUAAAACGGCAAUGUGUCUUCUUUCCCUGCCCCCUCCCCUUCCCUCCUGUCUCCUUGGUUUCUUUAUAAAUCUGUACAUUUAAAUUUAUUAUGGGGUGUUGUGUCUCCAUCCUGUAAAUAAUAUUUUCUGCCCUGUGUAUUGGUGGUAUUUCCAGGUUGAUUUGUUUAAUUCAUGUGGGGUAAUAAAAUAAAUAUUAAUUGAAAUGGCUUGUUUCUUGAUAAUUGCCCCAGAAAUAUUUGUUGACCAUAAACAAGAGUAAUUGCCAUUUUGUCCUCCAGAAAUGAUCAAUUAGUAGCCACAAUGGCCCAGCUGAUAACAUUUUAUUGGUUCUGUGGUACUGAAAAAACAAGUGUCUGAGUUGAACAAAAUUCCAGCAUUUCAGCUCUUCAAGCAAAAAAAAAAAAAAAGUUGUAUGUUAUUUUAAAGCUUAAAAUCAUUUUCAGAAAUUUCAGUCAUUUCAAGAACAGUAGAGGAGCACAAGAAAAACGUACCACCAGAACCAGAUGAGGAAAGGCCAUGUAGUGUCUGGUCUUUCCAAACAAACCCACCAGCUGUGAAAGGCAGUGGUCCAUCGCAGCCUCAAUAACUCCAUUUGGCUGCCAAGAACUUUAAGAGCAGAAUGGAUUUGGGGACACCUGAGCUGUGUUUGAAAGGUGGAUCACAAAUUGGGCAGAUCUCAUUUGGGGUUUUACUGCCACCUCAAACAAAAAAUGCUGUGGGGAGGGGGUGUUUUUAGAUUUAGCUUUGGGUAGUUUUACUGUGCAGGUUGGUGACUUCUUGGUCUUCCAUGUGGAGGUUUUUAAUUAAUGCUAAUGGGUGCCAAGAACUUGGGGUUGCUGACUGUGGCACUUUUUGCAGACAAAGAGCCCAGUGACCAAAGUAUCAGUGGUGUCUUGCAUACUGUGCGGUGCCCCAUUGAUGGAAGAGUGAGGCGUGUGCCCUGGCGCUUUGCUAUUGCCAAGCUCACCGGUGCUGCUACUGAGUGUGAAGAGGCUCUGUGGCUACCUAAGUGUUGCAUCAGAGCUGCAGCCCUGAUCUCCCCCCACACCCCGCGUUCCCAAUGGGAACAUUGGCCCCCUUCUGAGCUGUAUUCUGGGACUUCUCAAAGCCUUGACUUAAUGAUGAAACAUAUCAGCAUUCAUUUCACCCUUUCACUUCCUUUUUAAUCAUCAUAAACUGCUUUUCUUUCCCAAAGGAAACCCAAAGCAACUAACACUCAUCCUACAGUCAAUAAUGGUCUUAAGGUGCGAUGGGGAGGCAUCACGCAGACCUUAUUAGCUGUGUAACAUUUUCCCCAUUCAGUUUUAAGACUACUUCAGAAUAGGGUUUUUUCCCCUUGCCAGCAACAUCCUCUCGCUCCUUUUAUUUCCUUGUUUAUGCUUAACAUCUAAUCCAGAGGUAAGUUCUACUGAACUCAAAAGCAUGCUUGCUACUCUGUGACAUUUUUAAUUGGUCCUAAUAAAGGUAUUGCUCUUCA